AUUUCGUCCCCGCAGUCGAAUGUAAAUGGUGCUCUGCAAGCGUACGCGAAGGCCGUGGAAGCAUCGAGCCAAAGAGAGAUCAAACUGUUGUGCCUGCACGAGGUGGCUUGGUGUCAUCUGAUUCGUCUGAGCUACGAAGAAGCUUACCGAUCUCUCACGCAACUGCGGCAACAGUCUAGGUGGUCGGUGAGCUUCUACGCUUAUUUAGCAACUGUUUGCUGCGGAGCGAUCGGUAAAUUCGACGUGGUCGCCUCGUCCUACCGGAAGAUCCUCCACUGUGACAAUCGAAUGAACAAAGAGACUCAACUGGGCUUGUUCGUUCUGCGCCGAACUCCCAAACUUCUCGAUCAGGAAACUGGCCAGCCUUACACUGUUUUGUACUACAGGCUGCUCGUGUACGAAUUAUUAUAUCUAUGGAACGCGAUGCCGUCCUGCUCUGUAGACUCAUUGCAAGGGAUACUUUUAGGUCCUUCAAAAAAUCAGACCUGUGAUUAUGAGUACGACCCGAUGAACGUUCGAAACACGUAUUGCUGUGCAAAUGGCGGAACCUGUCCAGCUGCAAUACUGAAUUCCUCUCGCCAAUCUCCUUGGUACUGUAAAUUCAUCAAACCAUUUGUAUUUUGCAUUAUUACAUCGUUGUUAGCAAUGUCCGUGUCCCAUUUGUGCGACAAAUACUCAGCCAGUACGACGUUCAAGAUAAUCAGAUCCGAUUUGGUAAAUCUGCGGGCGCACUUGAACACCCUCUCGUUGGAGGUAAAGAACGUCAUUGAAACGCGAGACGAUUUAAAGCGUAAGUUGAAAGAGGUUGGAUACGUGAUACCGAAAAUGUCCGAGGCCAUUCACUAUUUAAGAAACGAAGUGUCCGAGGGAAUGGAGCAACAUACGAAAGCGUUGCUGAAGGCCAUGUCACCGGAAACUGUUCGAGAGUUGGUGAGGAUCGAGCUGCAAACGUACGACGCCGAUAAAACCGGAAGAACGGAUUACGCGCUCGCAACUUCAGGCGGUGCAAUCCUCUCGACGAGAAACACGGAAACAUAUUCGGCUGGCGCGCCGGUGCUGAAACUUUUCGGAAUACCGAUCUGUCAGCAACAAAACACGCCUCACGCUAUAAUUCAGACUGGUGUACUUCCGGGUGAGUGCUGGGCGUUUAAAGGCAGCAGUGGAAGCGUUGUUAUACAGUUACUUGGCUUCGUGUAUGUGUCUGGAGUGAGCUUGGAACAUAUCCCGCAGUCGAUAUCUCCUACAGGGGAAACGAGCACCGCUCCGAAAGAUUUCUCGAUUCUGGGUUUAACCAACGUAGACGAUACAAACCCCUUCUUCUUCGGUGAAUUCACGUACGACAAUACCGCCCCUUCUGUACAAUAUUUCGAAGUUCAGAACAAGGCAAAGAUACCGUACGAAAUAAUCGAAUUGAAGGUUCACUCCAAUAGCGGCAACAAUGAGUAUACCUGCAUCUACAGAAUAAGGGUUCACGGUACUCUUAAGGUACACUGAGUAAAGAGAGUAGGUAACUGAAAUAAUCGUUUAAUACUUGAUCGGGUGCAGAAAUUUCGACACGACCAAGGGGACUUGGCUAGAUAAGAAUUCGAAAGGAUUGUCGUAAUUAAUGUAUAAUUAAUAAUAUAAGAUCGAUUUGGAUAAGAUUUUCGCACGUAAGGUAUUAUGUAUGCUUUGUUAUAUAGUAAAUAAAGACGUAUUAUAAUCUU